CAGAACAGAACAGAAGUGAAAAGUAAAUUAUUCAUAAAGAUCACCGGCUAGUUGUAAUUGAAACGAUCAGGAGUAAAGGUCGUUUUCCUUCUCUAAUUUCUAUUUUAUUUAGUAGAAUUAAAUAUUUUGUUAUUAUUUUUAUUUUUGUGCCUUUUUUGAAUUUUUUCUUUUUUUUUUCGGAUUUUUAUAUAAAAAUUAAAUUUGAUUGUGACUAAGUAAAAUAUUAAUUCAUUUAUGCAUAAUUGAAAUUUCUGUAAACAAUUAAAAAAAAAAUUUGAAUUUAUUAAACCGAAGACAAGGGAUUUAAAAAACAAACAAAAAAAAAAUUUUAAAAAUUUCUGAAAGGAAGGAGAUUUGAAGGACUAUAUAAAAAUAAGGAAUUUUUGAUGGAAAUGAAAAAGUUCGUAUUGAUAUUAUUUAUAGCAAUAAGUUCGGUGUCAGCUGCACCCGCGAAAGAAGUUACGAAUCAAGAAAUACGUGAUACAAUAUUAUCACUUGUACACUCCUAUCAUUUACUUGAUAAUAAAUUAGAAAGACAUGAACAUCGUGAAAGAGCUCUCGGUGAAAUGGUUAAGAAAGCCUUACAAAGUUUACAAAAAGGUCAAAAAGCAUUUGAACCAAUGAAUGGUAUAUUUAGCCGAUUAGAUGAACGUGUUAGUCAAAUCGAAACAAUGUUAAUGGCGCAAGAAGAAAAAUAUAAUACACAAUCAGAUAAAGUUGGUGAUGCUUUAGAAGGAAUUUUUAAAUGGAUGAAAGAAAAUAAUGAGUGCAAUAAUAAAAAAUUAACAACAUUAACUGCAGCAAUAGCAGCAGCAACACCACCACCACCACCACCACCGAUACAACUUCCAAAUCAAGAUGAAUUAAUAAAAAAAAUAGAUCUUUUAUCACAAAAUGUUAAAGAUUUAAUGAAAACCUCUAAAGAUUAUUUACAACAGUCUGAGAAACUUUUAACUUCUAAAUUAGCAACAGCUGAUGAAGUUAUAUCAAAAAUGGAAGAUAAAUUAUCAAAUUUUUAUAUAACAGUACCAUCAACUCCAUCACCAGCUGAAUUAAAUCGUAACAAAGAAUUUGAAAUAAAAAUGGAAACAUAUUUAGAGAAUAUUUCAUCAAGUUUGAAAGAACCUUUUGAUGAUUUAAGAAAAAUAAAUGAAAAAAUGAUUGAUAUUGAUCGUUCUAUUAAUGAAAGAGCAAAUGAAACUAUAAAUUCAAUUGAAGAUCUUAAAGUAGAUAUAUUAACUACGUCAGAUAAAGCAUUUACCAAAAUAGCUUCACGAAUUAAUGAAUCAGCUGAAAAUAUAAAUGAAUCAAUUGAAAAUAUUGCUUUAAAUUUCAAUGAAACUGUUACAACAUUCUACACUGAUCUAAAUGGAAGUUAUUCAAAUUUAGCAAAUGGAUUAAAAAUAUUUAAUGAUUUUGAUAAAAUCUUAUUAUCAACAUCUGAUCAUAUAUUAGAUACACAAAAGAAAAUUGAAUUUAGUACAUAUCAAAUUGUACAAAAAAUUGGUGAAAUUGUUAAAAGUCAUAAUUCUGAUUUUAAUAUAACAAUUAAUAAACGUUUUGAUAAUAUAGAUAAAACAAUUAUGACAAAUCGAAUGGAUUUAUUAAAGAAUUUAAGUAAAACAAUGGAAAAUGAAAUAAGUCAUGUAUGGCGUCAAAUACAAAUAAUGUAUAGUGAAAUAACAGAUAGUAAAGAUGUAUUAAAGAAAAUUCAAGGUCAAACUGAAUCAUAUAUUAAUGGUACAAUUAGUACAAUGGAUGGUGUAGAAGGAAAUGUUGGUCAAAUAACAAGUAGAAUGGCUGAAGUUGAUUCAAAUUUAAAUUUCUUAUUAGGGCGUUUAUCAUUGGUUACACAAGAAUUUAAUCGUAUUAAAAUUGGUUUAGGUACAGCUUUAGAUGAUAUACGUAAUAGUUUUCAAGCAGUUCAGGAUAAAAUAAAAGAAGUUGGACCAGGACCACAUAAAAUUCCCGAAUAUGAAUAUGAAAAUAAUAUUGCGCCAUUUCAUCGUGAACCAAAUAAUUCAAAAUAAAAAUUUUUUGGUAACAGAUUAAAUCCAAAAGCAAAAAACCAAAAAGAGAAAAAAUAAAUAAAAUAGAGAAAAAAUUACAUAAAACAUUUAAUAUUUUUAAAAUUUAUAUCUAUAUAUAUUUUGUGAAGAAUACAUUUAUAUACACACUUAAGAAAACUCGCAAUUUUAAAUUUACGUUUUUUUUAUGUUAUUUAUCAAAAAUUAUUACUAGUCGUAUCCCAAGUAAUAUAAUAUAUAUUUAACAGUUGGACUCAUUCUAUCAAUCGAAAUACUAAUUAUUAUUGAUAUUUAUCGUAAAAAGUUCGAUAUUUUUUUAAAUAUACAAAAAAUUUAUGUCUACAAUACAUUUUUUGUUUUAAUUUUUUAACAGGAAAUUUAAACUGAAUCGAAAUGAGUUAGAAUAAUUUUGCAAAAAAUUAAUUUUGUAUUUAAUUCAUAUUUUAGAUAUUUAAUCAGGGAACUUUUGUAAAAUAAAAAUAUUAAUAAAAUAAAUAUAGUACUAAUCCUAGGAUGAAACAAAAGCGUAAUUGCAUGUUAUUCAAGAAACAUCGUAUAUAAGUAUAUUGACAAUAUUUGCGAUAGCAUGACAGUAAAAUGCCUAUUAAAUAUAAGUUAAAUAUGUUAUAACUGUACAUUUGCGAAAUUUAGAAUCGAUGUAUUACUACAUAUUAACAAAUUUUUUUAAUUUAAGAUAUUUAAACAAUAGAUAACAUCAGAAGAAAAAAAUAUUUUUGACUGUAUUUUAAUAAAUAAAUAAUGUAUAUAUGAAUUUUUUAAUAUAAAACAACCAUUUUCAAUAUAAAUUGGCAAAAAAUUCUAUAUUAUUUUACAAUUUCACUAUAUUACUUUAUAAUAUAUAUAUAUUUUUUUUCUGUGUUUGCAAU